AUGCAUCUUAUGUUUGCCGAUAACAUCAUCGGGCCGUAUUCUGACAAUUCCUUCUAUGACCAAGCAUUGCAGGCGGCUCCUGGCGCCUCUAUCGGAAUUAUCCAUGACUGGUAUCCGACCAAUAAGUCACAGUACAAUGACAUGCAAAAAUUGAACUUCGAAAAGUCCAGAGCCAAGAUUCCAUUCAUGCAAACAGGAGAAUGCCUUCAUGGUGUGGGGUCAUUCAAACAAUCCAUGUUUCCACAGGCAAUUGGUAUGGCAGCGUCCUUUGACUCGAAUCUUGUCUACAGAGUGGGCCGAGCCAUUGGCAGUGAAGCACGAUCAAUCGGCAUCCACGCGUGUUUUGCACCUGUUCUUGAUCUUGCUAAAGAUCCUCGCUGGGGCAGGGUGCAAGAGGACUGGGGCGAAGAUAUGGUUCUCACGGCGCAUAUGGGGGUUGCAUUUUCCUCCGGUCUAUCCAAGAACAGCAGUUGGGCGGAACCCGAUGCAGUAAUUCCAGUCAUGAAGCAUUUUGCAGCUCAUGGAAGUCCACAAGGUGGCCACAAUGCGGCGCCAUUUAUGGGUUAUGGAACACGUCAAGUUCUUCAGGAAAUGUUGGUUCCAUUUAAGGCCGCUGUAGACCUUGGUGGUGUAAAGGGCGUCAUGAUGGCAUAUAAUGAAUUCGAUGAUGUUCCCUCUUCUGUGAAUCCUCUCCUUUAUGAUGCAUUGAAUGAUUGGGGGUACGAUGGCUUCAUAACAGCGGAUGAUACAGGGGAAUACACAGGGCUUUCUGAGCUACUCUACACUCAUCAAGUGACUAGCUCCAUGGCAGAUACCAUUGCUCAAUGGCAUAAUGCGGGUGGCAUGGUUCAAUUUUAUGAUUUUCCUCUCGAGGAGUACAUUAAUGCAACUAUCGGUUUAGUCUCCAAUGGCACGCUCACUCGACGCACCUUGGAAAACCUGGCCAGUCGUGUUUUAGGUGUGAAAUACGACCUGGGGUUAUUCAGAAAUUCCCUUAUCCCCAAAGAUAUCGACUCACACGCGCUCACAAUAGCUAACAUUCCACUCACCUUGGAGGCUGCCGAAAAAAGCAUUAUAUUGCUCGAAAAUAAGGAUUCAACCCUGCCCUUACAUCCACGCCAACAAGAGCUUUCUCAAAUUGCAUUGAUAGGGCCAUUCAGUGAUUCAUUUAACUAUGGUGACUAUUCCGGCCAGUGGGGCGGUUAUCCCGUCAACAAUGCCAGUACCAUACGACAAAGUCUCAUCGAGCACCUUGCCACUAACUUUCCGGGGACUAAACUGGUCACCGCAUGGGGUGCAAACUCUUGGAACUACAACGGACAAUACAACAUACCCCCAUAUCUAUUAUCUGUGAAUGGGAGCACUGGUGGCCUAUUGGCUACCUACUACGCAGACACCAAUUUCACUGAUCCAAGAUCACAACGACUGGAAACACCGAGUCUAGACUGGGGCCUAUAUCCCCCAGAUGGCCUGCCGUCUAAUAACUUCAGCGUUGUCUGGGAGGGCCACAUUCACGUACCCGUUGAUACAACCACCCAUGGUUGGCUGGGAGUCGCUGUCUAUGCAAAUACAUCCGCGAAGCUCUAUAUUGAUGGCGUUCUACAUGUAGACAUUGAGGCUACAACCAGCGGCAACAUUCUAUCCAACAUUCCCGGGCUGCCAUACACUACCAUCAAUGAUACAGCGCCUCCUCCUGGUUCUGCGCCUUUUACAUUCAACGUGAACUCGAUUCAUGAGAUUCGCUUGGAGUACCAAGCUUGGAACAAUAUUCAAAAAUUCGAGAACGUGAAUUCCCUGAAUGCGCAGGUGCUCCUUUUCUGGAACCUGGUGGAUCGUGUUGAUCCCGUGAAGCAGGCUGUGGAGUUGGCGAGGGAAUCAGACAUUGUGAUUCUAGCAGUUGGGGCUAAUUGGAACAGUGAUGGUGAAUCAGGCGAUCGAGCGACUUUAGGAUUGUCACCUGAUCAGACGACACUUGCAGAUGCGAUUUUUGCUCUAGGGAAGCCCGUCAUUAUGGUCUUACAAGGCGGCCGUCCAUUCGCGAUCCCCCAAUAUUACCAGGAAGCAGCAGCAGUUUUGAACACAUUCUUUCCCGGACAGUCUGGCGGGCAGGCUAUUUCGAACGUCUUAUUCGGAUUGACGAAUCCGGGUGGCCGAGUUCCCCUUAGCGUUCCGUAUAGCGUUGGAACUUUACCAGCAUUUUAUAACUAUAAACCAUCGGUUCCGCGAAACUACACCGAUGUCCCUUACAGAGCACUUUAUCCUUUUGGGUAUGGACUCUCUUAUACACGAUUCUCGUUGACGGACUUCCAUGCAUCGACGACUGGUGGGAAUGAGUCGAGUAUUCGUGAAUUUAGCGCGGGCUCAACUAUUGUCUUCUCGGUCAAAGUAUCCAACACUGGGGAAACAAGAGGUAGUCACGUUCCUCAGAUCUACCUACUUGGCCGGGUUUCAUCGAUUGUGCGACCAGUGAAACAGUUGGUGGCGUUCAGUCGGGUCUACCUCGACGCGGGUGAGUCCAGGACGGUCACGAUGGAACUGGAAGUCUCACGCUACCUCGCGAUUUUGGACCGGGGUUACAAAUGGACAGUGGAGAUGGGAGAUUACACCUUUGCACUUCUGGAGAACGGUGGUAGCGUAGUCGAUACUUCCGUCAACAUUACCAUGACCUGCGUGGGGUGA